AUUGUAAUAUGCGCGCGCGUGAAAAUAUUAAAGUCCAUGGUGGGACCGUUUCUCAUCUACCGACGUUACUUUUAUUAUAUUGUAUUGUUUGCUGGUCUCUACAACCCUGAAGUUUCAUCUCCUGCGAUUCACAAUUUCACUUUCUUCCUCUUGCAAUAAUCAAACAAUUUUUGCCUUGAUUUCAGUUUGAACCAUCAAUGGCGGAAGAAAAUAUCAAUUACUUCAUAGACAGAACGAUCUCCCAUAUUCGCCGUGAAAUUGAACUGUUGUUGGAAGCUAUGCUUCUUGAAGCCGGAGACCGAUCUGCGACCAGCAAUUUCACAGCUUGGCUUAAAAAACCGGAAGAUGAAGAGCAAUCCGUGACCGACUAUUCUUUCCAACGACUGCUUAAAGUGCAAAAAAAUUUAGAAAACAUGCCCGUUGAUUCAUUUAGAACAGCUUUUCAAGAAAUUUGUCGGAGUAGGACGAAGACGAUGGAAAAGAUACACGAAACCUAUCCGUGCGAGAAGAUGGGUUAUGGCAUGGCAGAUCCGGUGCAUCAGUCUAUGUGGAAUGGAAGCAAGAAAAGAAAUCUGAAAUUUGUUUCCGAUGACUUGAGACAAGAAACAGAACGAAAAAAGAAACAGAGGGAUAUCCAGUACCGGAAACAAAUAAGAGCAAAAUUUUACGAUGAUCCAACUGAAAGAGGGAUAAAUAAUAAUGGCAAGAUAACAAAUUCGAGAUGCAAGUGGGAACGGAUGGUGGAUAUGCUGCUGAGCACUAAAACGAAAAAUGUGCUGAAAGCCACUAACAUCGGGAAAACGAAAGCUUCUAAACAAAUUCUCUGUCAUCGCAACCAAAUGAAAAUGCAAUGGCCAAUACAAUCUGAUCUCCUCGUGAUUAUCCAAGUGAUCCAAGAAACUGACCGCAAGUGCAAGGAUGCUGUAUUAGCAGAAGCCAAGGCGAAGUGGCGACUAGGAGAGACGAUUGAAAAACUUGAUCCACAACGAUCAAAGAACUUGAAGGAAAAAGCAAGGCAACUUAGUUAUACAAAGGUAAAAGUUAGUGUAACCGAUGAUAAAACUCGUGGAGGAGUACAAUCUAAAUUCCGUGAUUUGGAGAACCAACUUUAUGACAAAGGCAACGACCAAGUGGAAUGCAAAGAUUUCUCAGGCUUGGAACAGGCAUUAAAGAACACGACUUGGGGGAAAAUUCCAGACUACCUCGAAUCUAUUGCAAUCCAAAUCGAAAAAGAUCGUGGAAAAACUACUGAUGUUUUUCAUAUCCCCACUCAAGUUCUGCUCUGCGCUGCGAUCAAAGAGAUGAAAGAUUUUUCGGUUGGGGAUUUGGAUUGGGGUACCUUGAAAAAGUGGAGCGCGACACUUAAUUAUGCUAAGAAAUAUGGUUUUCAAGUGGGAUUUGCUGAUAAUAUGUUGAAGAAGAAUUUGCUUGCCUAUUUUGCUAUUCAAAAUCUGCCCAAAUCGACCGUAAAAAUAUAGCUUCCCAAGAGCAAAUGUUGGUGUUGCUGUUGCAGGCUUGCUGCAGUCUACAAAAAUAUUGGCUUUAAUGUGUUCGUACUUGACUUCGGAUAUCUAUAUUUACUUUUCUGUAUGUGUGAAGUUUAUCUUAUUUGAGAUUAAUACUUUGUUAAACUGAGAAAUUAAGUAUCAAAAGAAAUUAAGAGUUGAAUUUAAGUUUUAAA